AGCUGCAGUGUGAAAGAUGGUUGGCGGUCCGUGCGCCCGCAAGCUGGCUCGCCGCUCACGGUCCGCCUUGAUAGCGGCGCUCACCGUCUUGCUGGUGCAAACGCUCAUCGUGUGGAACUUCAGCAGCCUAGACACGGGAGAGGAGAGGGGGAACGUCGGUUCCAAUAGCAGAGAAAAGAGAGACAGGAUAGGUUUCCUCAAAGCCGACAGAGGGUAUCCGAAAAACGGGCUGCGGAGGCAACAUCAUCAGCCUCCAGUUGAAAAGGGGGCCGUUUGGCAGAAACAGCAGCCGGACAACUACCGCUCCCAUCGGCCGAAGGAGAAACCGCGUCUGGACAGUAACAACAACGAGAACUCGGUGCCCAAGGACUUUGAGAACAUUGACAACAGCAACUUCGGGGCCCGCUCGCAGGCCCAGAGGCCGACGCCGGGAGAGGCCCGCGACGGGCAAGGGGAGAAGGGCCAGAGUGCGCCGAUCGCCGGCAAAGGCUCCAAUGAGGUAGUCCAGUAUGGCCGCGCCCCGGCCCCUCGCGGCCUAGACCGCACCCCCCUCCCGCCUCGCCCCCGGCGACCCCACCCCCCUGCAACCCCGACGCCGACCGCCAGCCCCCAGCUCCGCUACGCCCAGUCGCCCAAGUGCGAGAUCAGUGGCAAGGAGGUGAUCUCCUCACUGUCACGCGCCAGGACCAGCGAGUGCCGCCAGCAGAUCGCCGAAGUGUACUGCCGCCACAAGGCACGGCAGCUCAUGCCCGAGCAGGUGACCCGCUACUGCCCCCUGGAGGGGAAAGCUAACGUGAACAUCCAGUGGGGGGACGAUUCGACGGAGGGCACCCCGGCCUCGCCCGUGAGGAUUGCCUUCGUCCUGGUGGUGCACGGCCGGGCCGCCCGUCAGGUCCAGCGCCUCUUCAAAGCCAUUUACCACUCUGCCCACUUCUACUACAUCCACGUGGACAAGCGCUCCAACUACCUACACAGACAGAUGGUGGCGCUGGCGAGCCAGUACCCCAAUGUGCGGGUGACCCCCUGGCGCAUGGCCACUAUCUGGGGCGGAGCCAGCCUGCUCACCAUGUACCUGCAGAGUAUGAAGGACCUGCUGGCCAUGAGGGACUGGAGCUGGGACUUCUUCAUCAACCUCAGUGCUGCCGACUACCCAAUCAGGACCAAUGACCAGCUGGUGUCCUUCCUGUCGAGACACCGUGGCAUGAACUUCAUCAAGUCCCAUGGCAGAGACAACGCCCGUUUCAUCCGUAAACAGGGCCUGGACCGGCUCUUCUAUGAGUGCGACACCCACAUGUGGCGUCUGGGCGACCGCAAGAUCCCGGAGGGCGUGUCCGUGGAUGGCGGCUCUGAUUGGUUCCUGCUGAGCCAUACUUUCGUCGACUAUGUGGUCAACUCCCAGGAUGACCUGGUCACAAGCAUGAAGCGCUUCUAUGCGUACACCCUGCUGCCGGCUGAGUCGUUCUUCCACACGGUGCUGGGGAAUAGCCCCCACUGUGAACAGACCGUGGACAACAACCUGCGCAUCACCAACUGGAACCGCAAGCUGGGCUGCAAGUGCCAGUACAAGCACAUCGUGGACUGGUGCGGCUGCUCGCCCAACGACUUCAAGCCACCCGACUUCCCUCGUUUCCAGCAAGCCGCCCGGCCCACCUUCUUUGCACGCAAGUUUGAGGCCGUGGUCAACCAAGAGGUGAUCAACCAGCUGGACUCCUUCCUGUUCGGCAGCAUUCCCCCGAGCACGCCGGGCCUGGCCGCUUACUGGGAGAAUGUGUUCGACGAGCCCGAUGGUGUCCAGGCCCUGUCCGACACCCAGCUGACCCACUACCACGCUUUUGCCCGCAUGGGGCUAGUGCAUGCCACUGCCAGCUCGCCUGGGGGUGACCCUGAUGCCUGCAGGUAUUUCCCCACGGGGCACCCAGCAUCAGUCCAUCUCUACUUCCUGUCCGACCAGUUCCAAGGCUAUCUAGUGAGACACCGUGCCACCAACUUUGCCACUAACAAGCUGGAAAUGCUGGAGACCUGGGUCACUCCCAAGAGGGUCUUCAAACUCGCUGACCCGCCCAGCAGUUUUACCCGCCUGGAGUUUGCAGAGAUUGGUUCAGAUUGGGAUGGUAAGGAGCGGAUCUUCCGAAACUUCGGGAACCUGCUGGGGCCAAUGGAUGAGCCGGUGGCCAUGCAGAAGUGGGGCAAGGGGACCAACGUCACCAUGACGGUGGUGUGGAUCGACCCCACCAAUGUCAUCGCUGCCACCUACGACAUCCUGAUCGACGGCAACGCCGAGUUCACGCACUACCGACCGCCACUGAACCUGCCGCUGCGGCCGGGCAUGUGGACGGUGCGCACGCUGCACCACUGGAGCCACGUGGCCGAGACGCGCUUUCUGGUCACGCCGCAGGCCUACAGCAAGCAGCAGCCGCUGCGGCAGGAGGAUGCCCUGAGGCUGCACAGCGGGCCAGCCAAGAACAGCUACAUGGAGCAGAGUUUCCACGGCUUGAACCCCAUCCUGAAGAUCCCGGUGCACCUGCGCCAGGUGGAGGCGGCGGAACGCAAUGCCAGGCUGACAGGGCUGGAGCUGGAGCAGUGGGUGGACAGUCUGGUGGCCGAGAUGUGGUCAGCAGUGGACGUCUGCGCCGUGGGGCCCAGUGCCUGUGGUGCCCUACAGUCCUGCGGGAAGGCUUCCUGGAGUUCCCUCAGUCCUGACCCCAAGUCCCAACUGGGGCCAGUCAAAGCCAAUGGCUAUAUCAGGUAG